GAAACUGCUGGUUUUGUGAUUAUUAUUAUUUUAUAUUAGAACAAAAUUGUUUAAAAUUAUUAAUUAUGCUAUUUGAGAUAUUUGUUUAGAGUAUUUAUAAAUGGCAACAGGAAAUCCAAGGAACAAAGUUGCUCUUAAGCCUGGAUUCUCACUAGUUGGAUGGAUAAGAUUGACAAAUUCAGGGCAAGAUUUAAUUGGUGGACGAAAAGGUUCAAUUUCACUUGAGGAACUAAAACGACAUGAUCAAAUCGACGAUUGUUGGAUGGCAAUUCGAGGAAAGGUCUACAAUGUGACCAGAUAUAUGGAUUAUCAUCCAGGUGGAAGUGAACAGCUUAUGAGAGGUGCAGGAAAAGAUGCAACUAGUUUAUUUGAUGAAUAUCAUGCUUGGGUCAAUAUUGAACAGUUGCUUGCAAAAUGCUUUAUUGGACCAUUAAAGCAUGCGAUUACACUUGAUUUAAGUGAUUUGGAUGAGAAACCAAAAAGUUCUAGGAAAUCGUCUAUAACUUUAUCACCUCCUUCAGCAAUGCUCGGUUCUUUGCCGCCCAUUAAUGAAACAGAUAAAACUGAUAUAUCAGCAAUAAAAGUUCCGAAUGCUCAACUUUAUCCACGCUUUGAUUGGAUACAAAGGAAGAAUGAUUUAAUUGUGUAUUUUUAUUGUAAAAGCUUCUGCAAUCCAGGAAUUAUUAUAGAACAAAUAUGUGAUACAGAAUGCAAAGUUACCAUUUUUAUUGGAAAUGAUGUAUACAUCUUUAAGUUUUCUUUUUAUAAAAACCUAAAAUGGCCAGCAACCCUUAAAAUUAAUCAGGAAACAGGAAAAGUUGAAAUAUCAUUUGAGAAGGAAGAUACUGAUUUAUGGCCAAACUAUGGAAUGCAUGAAAGAAUAACAGGAGGUGGAUAUGGAUAUUGUGAAUUCAUCAUCAUUGAAAAAGAACCCAUCAAUCAUGACUCAUUUGAACUUGUUCUGCGGCCUAAAAGUGAUAAGAUAAUUUAUUAUAUAUCUCUUGGACAUCACGUUGAUUUAAAGCUUAACAUUGAUGGGAAGCAAGUAAUGAGGAGCUACACGCCAAUUCCAGCAAAAUAUGUUUCUCUUAAAAACAGCUUACCGCACAUGAACUUUUUAAUAAAGAAAUACAAUCCAGGGAACAUGUCUAAGCUUCUUUAUGAAAGAAGUGCCAAUGAAAGCAUUCUAGUCUCUAAUCAAUCCGGUUACUUUCAAUUGAGUAACUUGAAAUCUCAUAUUAAUAUCGCACUUUUAUCUGCUGGUUCUGGAAUCACACCUUUUUGUGGUUUGAUUGAUCAUUUAUUGGAAAGAAUUGCUAACAAAGUUGAAAAAGUCGUUUUGUACGAUUUCAAUAAGACGAAAGAUGAUAUUUGGUUCCAUGAUUUAUUUAAUGAAAUUACUGAAAAGGAUAAAAGAUUUACAGUCAACUUUGUUCUUUCCGAGCCAAAUGAAUCAUGGAUAGGAGAAACUGGUAGAAUAUCUGAAAAAAUAUUGGAGGAAUUGCUGAAAUUGGACAUAACAGUAGCCCUGAUUUGCGGACCUUUACUAUUUAAUGCUGAAGCACUUAAAAUUUUGAGUGCAUCCUCGAAAAAAAUAGAAGCAAUAUGCUUCCAAGGAUAAAUAUUUAUGCAUACAUGUUUUAAAUGUUAAGCAGAACAUAAAAUAACCAUACCAUAAUGAAUAAUCGUACCUGUGUAACUGCUUGUGGGUAGAAUAAAG